CGCAUAGGCUCACAUAGGCCAUCGUCUCAGGAGCAACCAUAUCUAUCAUCGCGGCAUCUCAUCUCCCGGCUCAUUGACGACUCUCAACAAUCGUUUGCAAGAACUCUGGCUUCUGCGGCAUCCUCCCUUCCAGAUGCAGCAGCGAAAUAUCGAGUACGAAGGGGCAGGCAUCCGCCCCCAGGCUUCGAAACAUGGUAUAGCUUGGCGCAGUCCUACAAUGCGGUCAUAGUAGAGCAGUUCUGGGAUCAGAUAUGCGAAGAUCUAGAGCCGUUGAGGGGAUUAACGCCGCCUGAGCUCCGGAGACGCGCACAAGCUGCGGAGCUUGUGCCCCGAAUACGAUUACAAGACGGUCACGUAGAUGUGGAUGAUGAAGAAAUGGGUCCACAUUCGAAGCUGGAUGCUUGGAAAGCCAUGCUCGAAGAAUUAAUCAGGGACGGCGCCCGGUUCCCCAAUAUCCGUAUUGAUAUGGCAAUAAACACGAACAACGAACCUGCCGUUCUGGUGCCCUGGGAGGAGAUCCAGAUGCUGCUCCUGGAGACUAGACGAGUCCUACCUCCAGCUGAAGAUCUCACACUCAACUUCAGCGUUCCCAUUGGAAAUAACACCUCCAAUUCAACGACAACGACAUCCUCGUUCGACCCGGAAUUCCUCGGCCCUCAUCUCCCACCCCCAUCGGACGGCUACCUGGGUCCGCGCCCGUACAGACCCUACUGGUCGCUGGUGCAACCCGCUUGCCCUCCAUCUUCUGCAGCUCGUAAACCGCCUUUCAAUCCUAUCCUGGCCGAUAUAUGGCAGCCACAGGGCCACACGGAUGCUGCUCAUUCUGCACCGAAUCUUCUCUUGAAUAGGACAAGGGAUCACUCCGGCGGUUAUGUCGGCAACUGGACAAAACCGACUGAUAUAUGCAACAUGCCGUGGUUGCAAGGUCUCCAUGGAGCUUUUGUGGCACCUGACGAUAUACGGACCACGCAGCAUAUGGUUCCGAUGUUCAGUGGUGGCGGCAAAUUGGGUGUCAAUAAUGAUAUCUUGAUUCCCGGACUAGGGGACUGGAAUGUGAGCGCCUUGGUGUUUGAUCCUACGACUUCACCAGUCACUACAGCAUGGGAGAAACGAAAUUCGAAGCUGUACUGGCGCGGACCGGCCACUGGAGGGAAAAUAACGAGGAGGAACUGGUGCCGAUUGCAAAGACACAGGUUCGUUAGUAUGUUGAAUGCGUCGCACAUACAUGUCGCAGACCUCAACUCGGGCUCCGCAAACUCAAGUGUCAGAGGCGUUGGACCCGCGGGCAACUUCAUCCUCCCCGGGGAAGGUGUAUAUGAAGUAGAGGCGCAGCGAAACAAACGCCUGUCCGAUUGGGUGCGGAGCUGGGCCGACGUUCGGUUCACAGAAAUGGAGUGUGAGGAUUCCAGUGCAUCACCAUGUGCAUAUUUUGCAGAAUAUUUCGACCUGGAUGAAAACAAAGCGGGAGACCAGGCUCAACAGAGUUACAAGUAUGUGGCUGUGCUUGAUGGGAGUGGCGCCGACGACGGCGGGGAGUUCUUGCGAGGACUGGCCAGUGGGAGCGUGGUGCUUCGUGCUAGCGUUUAUAAAGAUUGGAAGGAUGCUAGGGUGUGGCCGUGGGUGCAUUAUGUACCUCUGGACAACACUUUCGUGGACCUUUAUAGCGUGAUGGCGUUCUUUCUGGGAAGCUCAGGAGGAGGUAGCAGAGAAGGCGAUGGGCAUGACGAUAUGGCUCGUAGGAUUGCGCAGGAAGCAGGGCAGUGGGCGAGCAAAGUGCUUAGGAGAGAAGAUAUGUUGCUAUAUCUGUAUAGGCUUGUGUUGGAGUAUGCCAGGAUAUUGGACGAUUCACGGGAGAGGCUGGGUUGGGCGGGAGACCUCGUU